AUGGCUGACGGCAUCCCUCUGAAUCCAGUCCGGAAGAAUUCCAAGAAAGCCGCUUAUUACAAUGCUGGCAGGCCUGUCAGGUACCAGAUUGAAGACGAAGCCUCAAAUCUUGACGAGAUGCCCUUGAUGAUGUCGGAGGAGGCGUUUGAGAACGAUGAGAGCGAUUACCACACGCUGCCCAGAGCCCGAAUCAACCAGCGGCGCAGAGGCCUGGGCUGGUUCCUCUGUGGAGGCUGGAAGGUCCUUUGUGGGAGUUGCUGUGAAUGCCUGACCCACACAUGCCGGAGGAAGAAGGAGCUGAAAGCUCGGACAGUAUGGCUAGGCCACCCAGAGAAAUGUGAGGAGAAGUACCCCAAAAACGCCAUCAAAAACCAGAAAUACAACAUCCUCACCUUCGUACCAGGCGUUCUGUACCAGCAAUUUAAGUUUUUCCUCAACCUGUAUUUUUUGGUGGUGGCUUGUUCGCAGUUUGUGCCAUCGCUGAAAAUUGGCUAUCUGUAUACCUACUGGGCCCCACUGGGCUUUGUGUUGGCUGUCACCAUGGUGAGAGAGGCAGUGGACGAGGUUCGCCGUUACAGGAGGGACAAAGAGAUGAACUCUCAGCUGUACAGCAAGCUCACAGUCCGAGGCAAAGUCCAAGUAAAGAGCUCGGACAUACAAGUUGGAGACCUCAUCAUCGUCGAAAAGAAUCAGAGAGUUCCAGCUGACAUGAUCUUUCUGAGAACUUCAGAGAAGACGGGAGCGUGCUUUAUCAGAACAGACCAGCUUGAUGGAGAAACAGAUUGGAAGCUCAAGAUGGCUGUAGCCUGCACUCAGAGGCUGCCUGCAUUGGGGGAUUUGUUUUCCAUCAGUGCGUAUGUCUACGCUCAGAAGCCCCAGCUGGACAUUCACAGUUUUGAAGGGAACUUCACCAGGGAGGACUGUGACCCUCCCAUUCAUGAAAGUCUGAGCAUUGAGAACACCCUUUGGGCGAGUACUGUGGUGGCAUCUGGUACUGUAAUAGGUGUUGUCAUAUAUACAGGAAAGGAGACCAGGAGCGUUCUGAACACAUCCCAGUCGAAGAACAAAGUAGGCCUGUUGGAUCUGGAGCUCAACCGUCUGACCAAAGCCCUGUUUCUAGCCCUCGUGGUGCUGUCUAUUGUCAUGGUGGCGCUGCAGGGCUUCAUCGGGCCCUGGUUCCGCAACCUGUUCCGCUUUAUAGUUCUUUUCUCUUACAUCAUUCCCAUCAGCUUGAGGGUGAAUCUGGACAUGGGGAAGUCAGCAUAUGGCUGGAUGAUUAUGAAGGAUGAGAAUAUUCCUGGCACGGUGGUGAGGACCAGCACGAUCCCUGAGGAACUUGGCCGUCUGGUCUACCUGCUCACCGACAAGACAGGCACCCUCACCCAGAACGAGAUGGUGUUUAAGCGGCUUCAUCUUGGCACUGUGUCAUACGGGAUGGACACCAUGGAUGAGAUUCAGAGCCAUAUCAUACAGUCAUACGCUCAGGUGAGCUCGGCUCCGUCUAACGGCAGCAGCGCCAGCUCCACUCCGUCCCGCAAGGCGCCACCAUCCGCACCCAAGGUGCGCAAAAGCGUGAGCAGCCGAAUCCAUGAGGCCGUGAAGGCCAUUGCCCUAUGCCACAACGUCACUCCAGUCUACGAGUCCCGUGCCAACGGUGCCAGCACAGAGCCCGAGAGCACUGAGGCUGACCAGGACUUCAGCGACGACAACCGAACUUACCAGGCCUCCAGCCCUGAUGAGGUGGCCUUGGUGCGCUGGACAGAGAGUGUGGGACUGACUCUGGUGAACAGAGACCUGACCUCUCUGCAACUGAAAACCCCAGCAGGCCAGAUACUGACCUUCUACAUCCUCCAGAUCUUCCCCUUCACCUCUGAGAGCAAGCGCAUGGGCAUCAUCGUCAGGGAAGAGGCCACUGGUGAGAUCACUUUCUACAUGAAAGGAGCAGAUGUUGCCAUGGCCAGCAUUGUGCAAUAUAACGACUGGCUUGAAGAGGAGUGUGGAAACAUGGCCAGAGAGGGACUGCGCACGUUGGUGGUGGCGAAGAAGUCCCUAUCGGAGGAACAGUACCAGGAUUUUGAGAAUCGUUAUAACCAGGCGAAGCUGAGCCUGCAUGACCGGACCCUUAAGGUGGCAGCAGUGGUCGAGAGCUUGGAGAGGGAGAUGGAGCUGCUGUGUCUAACUGGUGUGGAAGAUCAACUGCAAGCUGAUGUUAGACCAACCCUGGAGCUCCUCCGCAACGCCGGCAUCAAGAUCUGGAUGUUGACAGGAGACAAACUUGAGACGGCUACAUGCAUAGCCAAAAGCUCUCACUUGGUGUCCAGGAGUCAAGAUAUACAUGUCUUCAGACCGGUAUCUAGUCGAGGUGAAGCUCAUCUGGAGCUGAAUGCUUUCAGAAGGAAACACGACUGUGCUCUGGUCAUCUCAGGAGAUUCUCUAGAGGUGUGUCUGCGUUACUAUGAGCAUGAGUUUGUGGAGCUGGCAUGCCAGUGUCCGGCCGUGGUCUGCUGCCGCUGCUCUCCCACACAGAAGGCGCAGAUCGUCAGGUUGCUCCAGCAACACACAGCCAACCGAACCUGCGCUAUCGGUGAUGGAGGCAAUGAUGUCAGCAUGAUUCAGGCUGCAGACUGUGGAAUUGGCAUUGAAGGAAAGGAGGGCAAGCAGGCAUCUCUGGCUGCAGAUUUCUCCAUAACGCAGUUUAAACAUAUCGGCAGGCUGCUUAUGGUCCACGGCCGAAACAGCUACAAACGUUCUGCAGCUCUUGGCCAGUUUGUCAUGCAUCGUGGCAUGAUCAUCUCCACCAUGCAGGCUGUGUUUUCCUCCAUUUUCUACUUUGCAUCUGUUCCUCUGUACCAGGGCUUCCUCAUGGUGGGCUAUGCUACGAUCUACACCAUGUUCCCCGUGUUCUCGCUUGUGCUGGACCAGGAUGUGAAGCCAGAAAUGGCUUUGCUUUACCCAGAGCUCUAUAAAGAUCUCACCAAGGGGCGGUCCUUGUCAUUUAAAACCUUCCUUAUUUGGGUCUUGAUAAGUGUGUAUCAAGGGGGCAUCCUGAUGUACGGUGCUCUGGUGCUGUUUGAUCAGGAGUUCGUGCACGUGGUGGCCAUCUCCUUCACGGCCCUGAUUCUCACAGAGCUGCUGAUGGUGGCUCUGACCGUGCGCACGUGGCACUGGCUCAUGGUGGUGGCUGAGUUCUUCAGCCUCGGCUGCUACCUCGCCUCGCUGGCCUUCCUCAACGAGUACUUUGGCAUAGGUAGAGUGUCCUUAGGAGCUUUCCUGGAUCUGUCGUUCAUCACCACGCGGACAUUCUUGUGGAAGGUGUGCGCGAUCACGUUGGUCAGCUGCCUGCCGCUGUACAUCAUCAAAUACCUGAAGCGCAAGUUUUCGCCGCCCAGCUACUCCAAACUGUCCUCCUGAGCUUCUCUUGAGUUUCAUAAGGGCAACUUUGAACAUCCUUCCAGCAUUUAUAAGCAUACAUAGCGGUUUACCGUGACAUCAGCGUAGAAGAUGUCAGUGGCUUUGAGUUGGAAACACUUAUGUAUGCCUUAUAAGUGCCUAAUUAACAUUUAAUGCCUUGUAUAGCUCAUGCUGGGGAGUAUUACUAUUACUAGUGUCUGCAGCUGGCUUGUGAAUGGACAAUAUGAGCAAUCACAGAAGAGGACUGUGGACACUUGAAAAGUCUAAGCACAUUAAAAAGAGACUCAGCAUGAACUGAAGUGAUGGGAAGAAUCGGGGAAAGCUCACAAACGAUGGACCUUCGUUGGUUCAUUGGCUUCCUUUGUUUCAGUGCACUUCAUAUCUAAUCGGUGUAAAUGUUUACUUUUCAUGAUUUUUUUAUGAAGGUUUGGAGAUUUUUAUAGUGUUUUAUUUAUUAUGUACAAUCGCGUGCAUUUCUAUUGUUUGGCAGCCAGGCUGGAUUUCAAGUGAACGUUUGUAAGGCUUCUGAAAAGUCUAGUCUGAAGUCCUUUCAAACUGGAUGUGACUGCAAUAUCAGUACUUUCUUCUAACGUUCUUCUGUCUUAACUGCUGGAUUCUCAAAGCUGUUGAUUGCACAGUGAAGGGGUGGUUUAGAUGUUUGCUGAGAUGUUUUCGUAUCCUCCUCGCCUGCGUAUCGCGCGGUUCGAUAUGGGCAGCUUUGAAUGACUCGUUCUACUUCGCCUCGACUGCUCAGUGGAGACACCAGCUGCAAAGCACAGGAACAAAUGAACCAAAAGAAGUGCCACCGAACUGCAUGUUCCCUACAGUGGGACCUUGUUCAGCUGGGAACAAGACUUUCUUACUUAGACUUUCUUAAAUGUGCAAGACCAUCAACUACGUUUUAAAAUCAGUGACCGUUCAAACGGGUGGAUUAACAGAAUGUCUUGCCAGUCGACUUUGAUGAGUAAUCCAUGCUCGAUGUGAUCGUCAGCCUUCUCCCUGCAGGAGGAGCUCCGUAAAUCAGCCAAAUGCUUUGCAGCACCUCGAACUGCUAGUUACCUUAAUGUUUAGUACGGAAACCUCCAUAAUUGUGACCUGAAUGUCAAAUUUGGUUGUAACCGCCAUUGAAAAUUGUCUAUAUACAUUGAUUUUUUUUCUUCUUCUACAUUUCAUCCAGUUGAGAUGUGAACAAAGUCUUUCAGAGUGGUUUGAUGUGAAAUGGUUCACUGUAGAGAAACUUGAGAAAGUUUCUUUACAGUGGUGGUGGCAGGAACCAGGGGUAGGAGCGUCCACAACACACAUAAAGCCAUUUUAUUUCCUAUCCAAAACCAGUUUUUAAUGUUGAUGGUGGUAAAAUAGUGGUAAAUCUGACCAAAUACAUUUUUUGGGGGAGGGGGCUAGUUUGUACCUCUCCACCAUGAAUGGAUUUUAAAAAUGCGUUUUAAGCCAAAAGCUUCUGCAAAGUAUCAUAAAGCCACAUCUCAGGCAUCAGGCUGCAUAUUCAUAACCAUGUCAUGUAUUAACUUUCCUUAAGGGGGCUUAAACUCUUCAGACGUCUGGUUCCUAUCGCCACCACUUUGAGCAGCUUGGUGGGUUUCUCUAGAAUGGAGCAUUUCACAUCAAACCACUCAGGAUGAUGUUUGCACCUUUAUGUUUGAAUUAUGCAGUUUUUUAGUAGUGGAAUUCCCUUUUAAGAAGCCAAGAUAGGAGUGCCGUCACAUGCAAGCUAACACUGCUACACACUGAGCUGGCAUCAUACAACUGGCCUCAUCAAAACACUGCAAAUAAGCCAGUAAGCUCUGUCACAUGGUGGUUAAGAGCCGUUUGCCGUUUGAGUGGCUGGUGUUGGUGUAGAAUGGUGUUGGAGUUUAAUAGUAGACUUACUUUCAUGCGUGCAGCAGUGUCAGCUUGCAUGAAAGGUUCAUAUCUAGGCUUGUUCUAAACAGCUAAGUGAUUCAGAGAAUCCGUCUGCAUUCAGAACAUUUAGGCAGGAUGAAGUGUAUCAGCUUGGAAACACUUUGGAAAAUGCUGUUCAUUUUUCCCCAUAGCAAAAUCCAGCUUAAGCUACGUUCACAUUACAAGCCUUGUUGCUCAAUUCCGAUCCCUCUGACGCACUCGUUUAGGUAAGCGACUCAAACCCAUCAUUAAUGUGAACCAACCGGCAUCCUGAAAUGACCCUCAUGAGCACAUCCUACUCAGUAACGUUACGUGACCGGAUCAUCAGCACAAACUAACGAGCAGAACGAGCUUCGCUGAGAAGAUCAUCAACUCUGAUCAGCUCUCGGCUUCAUUAUUAGAGCCAGACGGAGGAGGAAAAGGUGAGAUGAGCUGCUUUUCCCCGUUUAACUUUAACUUCUGUCCGGUGCCGCUGCCAUGGUAACACAGUAAUGGCUCACAUAGAGUGGAAUAAAAAAACCACAUGAAUUCCGAUCUGAGCGUCACAUUAACCACAAACCGGAUACGCACCCGAUCUAAUACCACACGUGAAAGCGGCUCAGGUCGGAUGUGAAAAGAUCAUAUUUGUGUCCACACAGCCCUGAAAACAUCAGAUCUGAGUCACAUCAGGGCAAAAAAUCGGAUUUGUCCCACUUCAGCCUGGUAAUGUGAACGCAGCCUAAGACUACAGAAUUCCGCAUGACUUCAGAGGUUUGGAAUCGGUCAAACCUGCUUUCUUAGUAAAGACGAUAAUAUCUGCGAUAUGUACUAAUUAAUUACUAAUAAGAAUGCUGCAGGUGUGCAUUACUGCUACCCUUCAGAUAUAGACUACCCCAGAGGAACUUGCUGCAUAAUUCAUUGGCAGUGGCUCCUUACAGUCACAAUGACCCUUAGGCUGGGUUUUUGAGGACUUUCUGGAAAAUACACUGGACUUAUUUGUACUCCAGAACUGUCUGACAUGCUUUGGGCAGUACAUGGUCAACCAUAAUAUUUGAGGAAUGAGUUUUAUCAUUCUCAGUGUUGUUUAUGUUUGCGUGCACGAGAGAGAGAGAGAGAGAGAGAGAGAGAGAGAGAGAGAGAGAAAGAGAGAGAGAGGGAGCUUUUGACUUAAGUAUGCCAAACGUCUUUAUUUGCCAUCCUUUGUUCUUUUGCUUUUCUGUGUGUGUUACUGGAUUUGCCGUUUGAGUUGUGAAUUGUUCAGUAACUCUUAUUGUGAGGAUCAAACACGCACCGCGUCUUUAUUAACCGUGUUCCAGUAUCGAGCUGACACCUUUUAUACAAACCACUAAAGUGUUGAAGGAGUGAAUUAACCUGCUGGAGUGUUACAGUAGUGAAGAUGAUCGAAGCCUCUGCUCUCAGAAUCGGACCACUUUUUUUUCUUCUUCUUCUUCUUCUUUUUAAUAGUGUUGUUUCUGGUUUCUGUUGUUAAUGUUCUUGAUAUGACUUAUGACUGAGAACUGACCAUUAAAGAGCAAUACAGUUGAUUA